GCGCAGCACAAUCUCGCGAGAUUUGGCAACCGUCUCCUGCCGAGAGAGCUUGCCCAGAGAGCUCCUAUACACUAACGUGCAAGGGGACAGCAGCAGCAGCAGUAGCAGUAGCGUUCCUGACCAUGCCAGCUCCAGCCCAGAACCGAUGCAUCCAGGCAAGCAGAGCUAGUGGGACCACCAUUGCUUCCACCUCGCUAAUCUGAAGCUGUAACCACAAGACCAUCCUCUUUAAUGGCUCGUUUGUCAUACAUGCGGAUAAAAUACCUCUUUUUCUCAUGGCUGGCGGUGUUCAUCGGCAGCUGGGUUGUAUAUGUUCGGUACAACUCGUACACAGAGCUCUGCAGGGGACAUGAGUGUAAGGCUAACAUUUGUGACAAAUAUCGGAAGGGGAUUAUUGACGGAUCAGCCUGUGACGGCCUGUGCUCUAAGGAAACCCUGUAUUUUGGAAAAUGUUUGUCAACGAAACCAAACAGUCAGCUGUACCUGGGGAUCUGGGGAAACCUGGAAGGUGUGAUAAAGUGUCAAAUGGAGGAUACUCUACGUCUUGAUUUUGGAGCUGAACUGGAGCCAAGGAAAGAGAUUGUACUGUUUGACAAGCCAACAAGGGGUACCACUGUCCAAAAGUUCAAAGAAAUGGUGCACAGUCUUUUUAAAACUAAAUUGGGGGACCAAGGUAAUCUUCGAGACCUAGUGAACCUUAUAUUGGCAGCUGCAGAUGGCAAUAAGGAUGGUCACGUGUCCCUUCCCGAGGCGAAGUCUGCCUGGGCACUUCUACAGCUUAAUGAGUUUUUGCUGAUGGUCAUCUUGCAAGACAAGGAGCACACUCCGAAACUGCUGGGGUUCUGUGGCGAUCUAUAUAUCACUGAGCCCGUACCUUACACCUCACUUUAUGGAAUAAGCCUACCAUGGAUCUUUGAAAUAUUUGUUCCACAAGGAUUGCGAAAACGCAUGGACCAGUGGUUUACCCCAUCUUGGCCUCGGAAGGCUAAGAUAGUUAUUGGUCUUCUAGAAUUUGUAGAAGACAUUUUUCAUGGACCUUAUGGGAAUUUUCUUAUGUGUGAUAUAAGUGCCAAACACUUUGGUUAUAACGACAAAUAUGACUUGAAAGUGGUGGACAUGAGGAACAUUGUCCCGGAGAUGAACUUGAAGGAAUUGAUUAAAGACCGACCUUGUGAGGCUGACUCGGACUGUGUUUAUGGUACUGACUGCAGCACUUUGUGCGACCAAAGGAAAAAGAAAUGCACAGCAGAUAUAACCCAUCCAAAUCUAGCCAAAAUAUGCCUGUUGGUAAAGGACUACCUGCUCCGGGGCAGCCCUUCCGAAAUUCGAGAGGAGCUGGAGAAACAGAUCUACUCCUGCAUUGCCCUGAAAGCCGUUACCAAGAACAUGGAGAUGCAGCAUUCCUUAAUAUUAAACAACCUAAAAGCCCUUUUAUGGAAGAAGAUAUCUCAUACUAAUGACUCCUAAUGCCCAUGUGUUUAUUUCAGUUUCUACGUUCAGUCAAAAACAUCUGCAUUAUGUGCUGUGGAGUCUAAAAAAUUAUUUUUUUCAUUUACAAAACACUUUUUUUUUUACUUUUUUUUCUGUAUCGUCUUAUCAGUCAGUGUGAAAUGAAAAAUCAAAAACAGUAUUUUAUCAUACGGCCAUUCAUGUGUCAAUUUAAAAACCAAACUGAUGUUAGAGUUCAUGUGGUCAAUGUGUCACUGACAUCUCGUAUGGACUCAUUGAAUCUAGUUGCUCCACAGUGACUGGAAGCACUUAAGAGGCCAGAAUUGUUGGGACUUAAACAAUCGCUCUUCUGGUUACGUCAUAUUCGCUACUUUCAGGAUGUUACAAUGCUGUGAAAUUUGCCUCCUAAAUUUCUUCUCAUGGUGUAACUAUAGGCGUUUUUAUAGAAGAUUAACUUUUUUAAGAACGCCAGCCAAAAGACCACUCCUGCUGUAAUGUGGUUGAAUAAAAGCUGCUGUUUUAAUAUAUGGAAUUUUAAAAACCCAUUUAAAAUGAAGUUUACUGAUACGUUAGCAUGGAAGAAUUUGCACACUAUUGUUCAGAACAUAAGUAAACGCUAACAUGUCAUUAAAAUGUGAAAUUGUC